GUAGUGCUUCCAACAUUUAUUUUGGAGAAAAGAUCCCUGCUGGAGAUGUAUGCAAAUUUCAUGGCCCAUCCAGACCUGUUUUUGUCAAUUGCAGCUGGAGCCACUCCCGAGGAAAGAAUUAUCUGCUUUGUGGAGUAUUAUCUAACAGCUUUUCACGAAGGCCGAAAGGGAGCGGUUGCCAAGAAGCCCUAUAACCCUAUAAUUGGUGAAACGUUUCAUUGCUCCUGGGAUGUGCCUAAAGAUAAAGUGAAAGUGUUCAGAACUAAUGGUGCCUCCGCCGUUUCUAAGGACCCAGCCAAGGAGUUUGGCCAGGACCAGUCCUCCGCGUGCUACAAGCUGAGGUUUGUAGCUGAACAAGUGUCCCAUCAUCCGCCGGUGUCUUGCUUUUACUGUGAGUGCAAAGAGAAGAAAAUGUGUGUGAACGCUCACGUAUGGACCAAAAGCAAGUUUAUGGGCAUGUCUGUAGGUGUUUCUAUGGUAGGUGAAGGUGUUCUUUACUUGUUGGAGCACGAAGAGGAGUACGUGUUCACCCUGCCUAGUGCCUAUGCUCGCUCCAUACUCACCGUCCCGUGGGUGGAGCUUGGCGGGAAAGUCACCAUCAGCUGUGCCAGGACGGGCUACUCUGCCACGGUCACCUUCCACACCAAGCCCUUCUACGGAGGGAAGGUCCACAGGGUUACAGCCGAAGUGAAACACAACCCCACUAACACCAUUGUGUGCAAGGCACAGGGAGAGUGGAACGGGACGCUGGAAUUUACCUACAGCAACGGAGAAACCAAAGUGAUCGACACGAACAAACUGCCCGUUAUCAGGAAAAAGAUCAGGCCGAUCGCGAAACAGGGGCCCCUGGAAUCAAGGCACCUCUGGCAGCACGUCACCAACUCCCUGAAGGAAGGGAACAUCGAUGCUGCCACAGAGCACAAACAUCGCCUUGAAGAGAGGCAGCGGGCAGAGGAGAGGCAACGGGUGGCUCUUACAACGCCAUGGAAACCAAAAUACUUUGCCAAAGAGGGCGACGGUUGGCUGUACGUGAAUCCCCUCUGGAAGAGCCAUUGAUGGGAUAGAGCAAUUGCCUCAUAACUUAACCUUAAAGGCAUUAAAAUGAUGCAGUAACAUAACU